AUGUUGAGUGGAGGACACAGAUGGAUUUUGGUUUCCACAGAUUACUUUACCAAAUGGGUGGAAGCAAUACCUACUAAACAGGCCACCAAUAAAGUGGUGAUAAAAUUCAUACUGGAAAAUAUCAUUACUAGAUUCGGUGUUCCUGCAAGGAUCAUAUUUGAUAACGGCAUGGCUUUUAGGUCUAAAGAAUUCAAUACCUUUUAUGAAGAGUAUGGCAUCAAAAUAUCUCAUUCAUCCCCUUACCACCCUCAACGUAAUGGGCAAGCUGAGUCUAGUAACAAAAACAUCAUAAAGAUCAUCAAAAGAGUGCUAGGACAAAAUAAAAGGGCAUGGGACUCAAAAAUGAAUCUAUCAUUAUGGGAAGAUAGAAUAACAGUAAAAAAAUCUAUAGGGAGGUCCCCACAUGAGCCGUUCUAUGGUAAAAGGUCCAGACUCCCUUUGGAUAAUCUCUUACCUAUACAUAGAUUCAUAUCACAAGAAGGGAUAGAGAUUGAUGAUCCUUUACAAGAGAGGCUGAUGCAGUUGGUAGAGCUUGAUGAAGUCGGGGUGGAAGCUCAGGAGCAGAACAUCAAAAUUCAAAAUCAAAUGAAAAGAUUGUAUGAUAAAACAACAACAAAUAGAAAAUUUGAGGUUGGUGAUCUGGUUUUGAUGUGGAAUGCCAGGAGCCAAGAUAAGGGUAAGAAUGGAAAGUUUGAAGCUCUAUGA